AUGUCCCAAGUCAACCUCAACCACGCCCUCUUCGCAGAAGCGAAGAACAAGACAAUCCUAAUAACCGGCGCAGCCCACGGCAUCGGCUUAGCAACAGCGAAACUCGUCAACGAAAAAGGAGCAAACGUCAUCCUAGCAGACCUAUCCCAGUUCCGCACCGAAGCAGAAGAAGCAAUCAACACCCAACUAGCACACCCAGACCGCGCAGUCUUUUUCCCCGCCAAUAUCGUCGACUGGACAGAGUUGACAGACUGUUUCGAGAACAGCAUCGCCCGUUUCGGCGGUCUUGAUGUUGUCGUUGCUAAUGCCGGUAUCAUGGAGUCCAGACCUGUUCUCAAUGUAGAGGAUGUCGAUGAAAAUGGAAGGUUACUUGAUGAUCACGAGGCCGGGAGAGUCAUUGAUGUCAAUUUGAAGGGGACGUUGAAUACCUCCAAGCAUGGCGUUCUUGGUCUUCUGCGCGGUUGUCAAACGACAGCACAGAAAUACGGAGUUCGAGUUAAUGCCAUUGCACCAUUCUUGACGCCAACUCAUAUCACUGCUGGCUUUGCGCAGAGAUGGGACGAGGCUGGGUUGGAGAAGAAUACCCCUGAGAGGGUUGCUGAGGCUAUUGCGCUUGUGGCGUUGGAUCGAGAGAGGGCAGGGGACUGUGUUAUGGUCGCUGGUAGGUUUCUGCGAGAGCUUGAGCGUCCUCGGACGAAGCUGUUUCCGCAGUGGUUUGGGGAGGAUGUUGCUGAGUUUUUGGGUAGAGCUAUGCGUUUUUUUGUUAGUAUUGGGGGUUAUGUCUUGCCUUCGAAGUAUUAG